CAUAUACAGUUUUGGCAUUAUAAUGCAAGAAAUAUUAACAAAAAGUAAACCAUACUUCUUGACCCACUGGGACGAAUUUACUACUACCGCCAAAAGUAUUGUUAUCGAUGUGAAGCGCGGGUUAAUACCUCCGAAGCGACCGAAACUAACUAAAUCCAACAACUCAUCCACAUUAUACGAGCAGAUGGAGAAAUGCUGGGAAGAAGAACCGUCAUCAAGGCCGACAUUUCAAAAGGUCAAUGAAAUGCUGGCAAAACUGGGAAAGCGAAGUGGUCGCAAUAUUGUUGACCAUUUGAUACGUAAGAUGGAGCAGUAUACCCAACAGCUGGAAGAGGAGGUGCACAAUAAAAUGCAGCAGUUAAUAGCCGAAAAAGAGCGAUCGGAUAACUUGCUCAAGCAUAUGCUUCCAAAAAGCGUUGCCGCGUCGUUAACGCGAGGGGAAAGCGUGCCACCUGAGACAUUCCAAAGCGUCACCAUAAUGUUUAGUGACAUUCCUGGUUUCAAUGAUUUAGUCUCAAAAAUCACCGCUUUUGAAGUGUUGGACACAUUAAAUGCGUUGAACCAAUGGGCAGAUUUGAUUAUGGAGCAUUUUGACGUGUACAAGGUGGAAUCGAUUAUGGAUAUUUAUAUGGUCGCCAGCGGACUACCAGUACGAAACGGAAAUCACCAUGCGGCGGAAAUGAGCAAAUUAUCCAUACGAAUGCGAAAAGAUAUCCAUAAAUUGCGAACUCCUGGUGAUCCUUCGAAGCACUUACAAAUUCGUUUUGGCAUUCAUUCGGGGUCCUGUGUCGCCGGAAUUGUUGGUUUGAAGAUGCCAAGAUACUGUUUGUUCGGUGACGCUGUCAACACAGCUUCCAGAAUGCAGUCAAGCAGUGAAGCAAUGAAAAUCCAGAUCACGGACAGCACGAAAAACAUCCUGGAAGAAACAGGAGGAUUUGUCAUAGAAGAAAGAGGAAUUAUAAACGUUAAGGGAAAGGGAGAAAUGACAACGUACUGGCUGAAAGGGGCCUUAUUAGCCGACACCUAAUUGUUGCAAGUGCUAUGAUUUCAUAUUUUGUUCUGUUCAUUCAUUUAAUGUAAAAAAAUCACGAUUUUUUAAAAUUCAUUUUGGUAAAACAAUCUAUUACGGAAUUUUCCACAGAACUGAGCCGGUCAUCACCUCUAUAUAACGGUUACGUUCAAUAA